CCAAAACACCAAAAUAUAUAUAUAUAUAUUCAACUGAAAAAAGAAAAAAUACAAAAAGGAAAAAAUGACACAAGUGACAAGCAUGGUUCUAGUCCCAUACCCAGCGCACGGCCAUAUCACGCCGAUGCUGCGGCUCGCUCGUGCGUUGCGCUCGCUCGGCAUCACGUCCAUCGUCGCACUACCAGACUUCAUGCACAGAAACUACAACUCAACCGAUGACCAAGUCAUAAUAGAACCGAUUCCAAGUGGGUUCAAAGAGAAUGAUGAUGCAAAAGACUUCUUCUCCAUAGAUGCUUCCAUGGAAAAAAUCAUGCCGGGGAAUUUAGAAAGGAUUGUUAGGGAGUUGGAAUUUGCAGGAGGUGUUGCAUGUCUGGUGGUGGACUUGUUGGCGUCUUGGGCUGUAGGAGUGGGUCAACGUUGUGGCGUGCAGGUGGCCGGGUUUUGGCCGGCCAUGUUUGCCACUUACCGGGUUGUAUUUGCUAUCCCGGAGCUCAUUCUCAAUGGGUUCAUCUCUGAAUGCGGAAUCCCAAUCCUCCAUCAUCAUCAUAAAAUCAACCAAGAUAUAAUCUUAGAGCGAGACUUGUUGACCUCCAACCAAGCAAAGUUGAGCACCAAAGACCUACCAUGGUUAGUUGGUGAACCAUCAUCUCAAAAAUCAAGAUUUGCCUUCUGGUUAAGAGUUAUAAACAGAACUAGAUCUCUUCCAUGGAUCCUCAUCAAUUCCUUCCCAAAAGAAGAUAACAACAAGAUCACUAUCCUUCCAUCUCUUCUGUCCAACCAUCAACUUCAAACUUUUCAUGUAGGGCCAUUAAUGCUAUCCAUUAAUGAUAAAAAGAUACUCAUGAACAACAUCAACAACAGCAGCAACAAGAAAGAACAUGACAAGAGCAUCAUACAAUGGUUGGAAAAACAAGAACCAUGCACAGUGAUAUAUAUUUCAUUUGGGACUUGGGUUGGACCCAUUGCAAAGGAGAAGAUCAUUGAGUUGGCAAUGGCGUUGGAGGAGGCAAAGAGACCUUUCCUUUGGGUCCUUAAAGAAGAGAAACAAUGGAGGGAAGGGUUACCAGAAGGUUACUUAGACCGUAAUGCCAAAAAAGGGAAGGUGGUUGCAUGGGCGCCUCAAGAGGAGGUGCUCAAGUUUCAGGCUGUUGGAUGUUAUCUCACACACUGUGGAUGGAACUCAACAAUGGAAGCUAUAAGGCAUGAGAAGAGACUCUUGUGUUAUCCUAUCUCUGGUGACCAGUUUGUGAACUGUAAUUAUAUUGUUGGGGUUUGGGGGAUUGGGAUUAAGCUUGAAGGGUUGGAAAGAGGAGUUAUAUUGGAUGGGAUUGAGAAGAUUAUGGUUGGCAGAGAGGCGGAGAUGAUACAGAAGAAAGUGUCAGAAAUGAAGGUGAGAGUCAUGGGGGACGAAGAGAUUUGUGCAACUGCAAGUAAUCUUGAGUCCUUUGUGGAGGUUGUAAGAGAAGCAAAUUCUGGUUGAGAUGAAGCACUCGUGGGUUGUCGAUGAAAGUUAGUUACAUGUUCGACAAGAUGGCUUCUUUCAUUUAAAAUAAAUAUACAUUCCCUGUGGAAGUGAAUUUAUUAAUAAGUUGUGUUUG